UGCCCUCUUUGGUUUGAUACCAGUAAACAAAUUUUCUGGCCGUACUUUUUAAGGAAACUUAGUUUUAUUCAGUGCAUAGCAAUGAUGGAGGAACAGUCCGACGAUGAGAACUCGGAGCCCACUCCAAAGAAGAUAAAGCGGGAGUGGGUGAAGAGCUACUCCAACAAGGCCAUGGAGAUGAUGAAGAAAAUGGGCUACGAGAACGACAAGGGUUUGGGUAAGAGCAAUCAAGGUCGCUUGGAGCCCAUUAUAGCUGUCCAGCAGGAUGGUCGUCGUGGUUUUGGCCUCAAGCUGGACGCAGCCCAUUUGGCCGCUGGCCAAUGGGACCCCAACUGCGAGGAGCUGGAGAUGCCGGAGACAUUCGAGUGGCUAACAAAUAUGGGCUACAAUGCCAGUCACUACACGAUCGAUCAACUGAUGGGCUACCUCGUCUUUGGUGAACGCAAACGCAGUCUGGACGAUGAGAAUCGCUACUGUGAUCCAGAAAUCCUCCAACACAUCCUUAACUCGAAGUCGGCCUUUGACGAUCUUAACGACAACGAGAAACGUCGGGCCCGGUCUCGCUGCAAUCCAUUUGAGACGAUACGCAGCUCCAUUUUCCUCAAUCGGGCCGCCGUUAAAAUGGCCAACAUUGACUCCAUGUGCGACUACAUGUUCACCAAUCCCAAAGAUCUGGAGGGACGUGAUCUGGUGGAUCCCAAGGAGCUGCUCUACUUUACGGACAUGUGUGCGGGCCCUGGCGGCUUCUCUGAAUAUGUCCUGUUCCGCAAAUCGUGGGAGGCAAAAGGAUUCGGCUUCACGUUGCGCGGUGCCAACGAUUUUAAGCUGGAGAAGUUCUUUGCCGCCUCCCCGGAGUCCUUCGAUACGUACUAUGGCAUCAAGGAUGAUGGCAACAUAUUCGAUGACCAAAAUCAGGAUUCAUUGAACGAGUACAUACGCCGUCACACACCCAGUGGGGUACACUUUGCCAUGGCCGACGGCGGAUUCUCGGUGGAGGGCGAGGAGAACAUACAGGAGAUUCUGUCGAAGCAGCUGUAUCUGUGUCAGUGCCUCACCGCACUCAAAAUAUUGCGCAAGAACGGGAACUUUGUGUGCAAGGUGUUCGAUCUAUUUACACCGUUCAGCGUGGGUCUGAUCUACCUGAUGUACAAAUGCUUUCAUCAAAUUGCGAUCAUCAAGCCAAAUAGCAGUCGCCCGGCCAAUUCGGAGCGCUACCUUAUCUGCAAAUACAAGCAGGAGGAUACCAUUGCCAUUAUCAAUUUCAUGAAUACCAUCAACAUAAUGCUCAACGAGGACCGCGACAGUGGCGACGACAUUCUCGAGAUCUUUGACGCCAACGAGAUCGCUGCGGAUGGCGAUUUCAUGCGCUACAUCAUCGACUCGAACAAUGCCAUUGGCAAGAAGCAGGUUGUCGGACUGCACAAGAUCGCUGCCUUUGCUAAGAAUGCCGAGCUGAAGGAAACACGCCAGUCGGAGGUGCGUCAGGAGUGCCUCAAGCGUUGGGGCCUGCCCGAUAAGCUGCGUCAGGCGCCAGAAAAUAAAACAACCGAUCGUAUGCUUGAGGAGCUGCUGCUCGAUUGGUCGCAGGAUCGCAACUGGCUCAAUUUCUCGCCAGCUGAGAUGAACAAUGUGACGGCGCUCUCGAAUACCGUACAGAAUGUCAGAGACUGGAUAUUCAUGCCCAUCGGUCGCGAGGAGACAAACAUCAAUAGCUGCAGCCUGUUCAUGUGCAGAUCGCGCGGAAAUCUCCUCCGCUACACGGAGCACAAAAAGUGGGAGCUGGUCGAGGCGUCCUUUGAGGUGCAGGCACGUUCCAUAUUUUUCGGUCAGAUCGUCUUCGAGUUCUACGGUGAGGGUCGCACCAUUCAGCGUGUGCCCGCGCUGCACAUCAUUGACGGGAUCUGCCUGGGCGGCAUCGACAUCCGGCGUCGUCCAUUAUGCGAUCGCAUCAGCAUGUGCGAUAAGUAUGCCCGCAGCUUGAACAAACCGUACAAGAAGGAGCGCGCCCACGGUCCGUUGCGCAGCAAGCCAUUCUUUCGACUGCAGGACAUGAACCAGUUCUUUGGCGACAUGCGCCACUAUGUGCUGAAAGAUAAUUCACAGCGCUUUGGCUUCUCACUGGACGACAACAAGUUCUUUGUGCCCGGCAGCAUUCUAAUGCUCUGCGAACUGGAUCAGAACUAUGUUUCGGCCAAGUCGCGUUCGCGCAACCAGGUCUACUACUUCAACAUCAAGAACAAGGAGUCGUAUUAUAAGGAUAGUAUACCCAAUAAUAAAAAGGCCUCCGAAAUCUUUGCCUCCUUCCGCCAAAGCUAUGCACGCCGUCUGCUCUGGAAGUGGACGGACUUGCGGCAGGUUGAGGAGCAUGCAAACGAGGACAAUCCAUCGAUAUUGUUCCGUAGCCAUUUCGUUAAAUUUAUCGCGGAAAAGUUGACCCACGCGUAGGCGACAUCUGCAAAAUAUCUGCAUAUAUAUCCAUAACAAGAUAUUGGAUAUUGCUCCCCCCCCCCCACCACCACCCUCCCCGUAGCAUUAGAUCUUAAGAUUAUCUAUAUAUUUAAAAACAAACAAAAAGAGGAAAAUGUAUGUUUAUAUUAUUUUUUUUCCGCCUGCAUAGGAUUUAUCUGGAGGUUUUACAACAGAUCCUGUAUUUUACUUAUACGAUUUAAGUAUCUGACGAACUAUUGUCCCCAGGAGCUGUUCCCAAAACAAAAACAACAACAAAACAUUGUAACUUUCUGUUUCUGACGUUCAUUUGUAUGUAACUAUUAUACAUAAUUAAUUAAUUAAUUGUAAAUUUGUGUCGGACCGAAAUCAUGACUGGAUUGAUUACCCGAAUGGCAAUAGAUCUUACCAAAAAAAAAAAAAUAAGAAGCAGACCGCCAAGGCUUUGGAUAUGCCCUUGCCAAAAUUUAGCUAGUUUUAAUUAAUGUUUUUUUUUUUUUAUAUUUUAAUUUUUCUUGGAAUACAAAAAACCCUGAAACUGUGGAUGAGAAUCACAUAACAAAUAUAUAUAAAUAUAUGUAUUUUUUUUUGAGUUUCGACUCUGAUAACUGACAAAAAUUAAAAAAUCAUACUUUUUAUUUGAACUAUGGAUGGCGCCCAGAAUUUUCUACGAGUAUACCUAUACCCUGGAUGCAAGCGAAUGCAUGGUACAUAAUGAAUCAAGCUUGCAUUAAGACACUGCAGAACUCCUAUUGUGAUUAUGAUUCUCCGCAAUCAAAAUUCAUGAAUAAUAAACAAAUGUUCAGUGCCGCAUUGGAGCUAUCCAGUAUCCAGUACGAGAACGAGGCAAAUUAUGUAUGAAGAUUUGCUGAUUCUACAAUUCGUACGCA